CGUACUUCCAAUCAAUACGUUAAAUAUAUAGAUACAUAAUGGCCUGCAAACGACUUCUCAGUUUUAAUUAUACUAUUAAGUGUAGAACACAGUUAUUAGGCCUAUCUCAACGUUUCCGCGUUAUCUUAUUACAUUAUAAUGAAUAUAUCUCCAACACCGCCACAGUUGGUUCAUAGAUACUACAACAUUAGGUUUUUACAAAUACUCCGAGAAGCACGUUCGCAAUGGAAUUAUUAACUGAAGAAAACAUUCUAUCAAUUGCGGAAAAACGGGGUUUUAAUAAAGUGUUGAAAUGCGAACAAGAGGAUUUCCCCGACAAAGUUGCUGGGUUUUUAGGUGAUCAUAUAAAAUUAUUCUUGGAUGUGGAAGAGAAUGGGACUAGUUCGACUCUGAACCUGUUCGUGAAGUGCAUGCCGAGGUUCAAUGAAUGGAGGGCACAAUACAUUAGGGACCUUGGAUUCUUCAACAAGGAAUACGUCAUGUUGAGCCAACUUUUUAAUGGAUUCGAGAAUGGUGCAGGGUACCGAAAAUGGCGUCCUGAAUUGCUAUUCAUAAAGGAAAACAUUUUUGUUUUUGAAAACGUCUCAUUUUAUGGAUAUGUAAUGCCUCAUAAUCAGAUCACAAUGGAUUUCGAAGAACUAAAAGCAUCUGUGGAAACAUUAGCACGGUUUCAUGCGCAGUCCUUUAUCUAUGAAGAGAGAAAAAGUAAAGAACUUGGUAGAACAUACAGGAUUUGGGAAGAUUAUAGUGAAUAUCUGACUGAGUCUACUGAUAAAACUGACUGGCGGGACACGGGAAGGAACGCGGUCAUGGACUAUCUCAAAAUAUAUUCCAAAUAUAAAACAAAUAUAAAACCAAACUUUAAUAGAUACAUAGACUCAAUACUACCAGGAUUAUUUUCUGAAGCUCUAGAGCUGAUGCAGCCUAGUAAAGUGUAUCGGAACGCAGUAGUUCAUCGUGAUCUUUGGAGCAAUAACAUUCUGGUGAAAAAGGAAAGAAACUCACCACCUCAUGUUCUGUUCGUUGACUUUCAAACUGUUAUAUACACUUCCCCAUUGCUUGACCUUUCAUCGUUGAUAUAUUUUAAUACUACUAGAGCAGAUAGAGAAAGUUGGACUGAUGAUUUGAUAGAAAUUUACUAUGCUGUAUUAUCCGAAGAACUGCAAGCUGUAGGAAUCGAUAUAAAUAAAAUAUUUGAUAAGACUUCAAUAAGAGACGCUUAUGAGAAAAGUAGGUUGUUUGGAAUUACACAAGCGGCACUUAUAAUUCCUGUUACAGUGAUGAGUAAGGAACAAAGCGAGGCGAUAUUUUGUGAUCCAGAAUCGGCAAGACGAGCUAAUGUAGAAACCCGCAGUCAGGACUUUAUCGAUUUCGCAAAAAAAGAUGAGAAAUAUAGAGCUAGAAUAACGGAACUGUUUGAUGAAAUUGUUGAAAGAUAUGUAUUCCCAAAAUCGUGUAGGCAAGUGAGUACCUAAAUAAUAUGUAAUACCCAAUGCCUUAAACAAAAACCCUGCAAGUAAAAGGCAAUAAAAAAUCAAAUAAGUAGAGAUUGUACCUAAUAAAAGAACACAAGACAUUGCAUUAAAAAUAUCAUUUGAACGAUGUCAACGGAGUAAGUGUUUUAGGGGAGUUUUAACUAUAUUUAUAUUUCAUUGUAAGUAAGAACAAUUGUAUCAUUUUACUAGUAGAAAUAAAUGAAAUUGUUCAUAUGUGUUAACUAUGCGGUGUUAUCUAUCGCUACUUCUUAAUCAUGUAUGACAACUAAUGCUAAUAAUAAUUAUAAAGUAUUAAACAAAAUAAAUGGAGUCAUGUCACAA